CUCGUUGACAUUCAAGACCGCAUCAUUGCCGUUCUUGGCGGCGUUCCCAGUGGCUCAGUAGGAUAUGAGUGGAAGAGUGUCGAAUCUGACGCUACUAGUGCUAUGAAGCAAUGCUUUGAGGCCAGUACUUUCACGCAAGCUCAGAAGCACGGCCGGCGCGGAGAUUUCGCUUCUAGAACUGUAGGUUAUGGCUAUGGAAAUGGGCGGGUGAAGCCACAGAAUUACAAGAUCUCCGGUAGAGCCAACCAGAAGGCUAUGCGCGAGCUCCUACAGAACAGGUCCAUCCGGCGCAUAUCAGGCUUCACAAAUGUAUUGUUCAACAGCUUCUGCCAUAAGAACUAUGUCGAAUACAACACCACACAUCACGAGCUUCUCCAAAAGCAUCCAGGUCUUCGAAACGCCUUCCCUCACACUUCGUUUGCUGCUGUUACCUUCAACUUGGGACCACAAUCGUAUUCUCCGCCUCACAUGGAUCCUGACAACCGAGCCUCAGGGUGGUGUGUAGAUACUGCCAUGGGCCCUUUUGACCCCGACAAAGGUGGUCAACUAGUCCUUUGGGACUUGAAGCUGGUCAUCCGGUUUCCCCCAGGCUCCAGCAUUCUCUUUCCGUCUGCACUGAUCACACAUUCAACUAUACCCAUACAACCUCAUGAAACUCGCUACGCCAUGAUCCAAUAUUCCUCCGGUGGAAUUUUCCGAUGGCGCGACAACGGCUUUCAGUCAGACAAAUCUUUUUUGGCUAAGGCUAUGUUAAGAUCAUGUACACCGUGUAACCGUGCCAAGGCCACAGGGUGUCUAAGUGCGGAAGACGAAUGGGACAGUAGUGAAGUUAUUAACAACACCGCCGUUACGCCGUUAGUCCCCGGAGAGCGAGAGUAG